CACAGAAGUCAGUCGAAGAAAAUGUUUCGAUCACUAGUCUUACUGCAGCUUGUGGUUCUACCUUUUAUGGUUCUUGCAGAUCAAAGGAUCAUAAAUGGUAACACAGUGAACAUUAAGGAUGUCCCGUGGUACGCCUCGAUUCUGGUCAGAUCUAAUCUAAAAUGCAGUGGAGUCAUUGUCACGACUAACUACAUCCUGACAGCCGCCAAGUGUGUGGAUGGUUAUAGUACGGGAAAAAUUCAAGUCCGGUUGGGAACCAGCAGCUGCGUAUCCGGUGGAACUACGGUGGCUAUCUGUGGUGUGAAAAUUCACAGCCAAUAUUCCAGACGACGCUUCGACAAUAAUCUGGCGCUCUUGAAAACCUGCGAGCUAAUUACCGAAAGCGAUUCAAUAAAGUCAAUUCAGAGGAUUGACAAGUUGCCAGAUGAUAAUUCCCUAGCCAAUAUCACAGGCUGUGGAGCCAGAUCAGGCAAUUUACUACACCUAUUCUAUGACUUAAGGUUUAUCCCCAUACUGCCUGCUCAAUUGUACGGCACCGAGGUGAAAAUCCUUAACCUAAAGCAGUGCGCAGCCGAUUGGAAGUUGAUUUUUUUCUAUAUUGUCGAAAAAAUCUCUAACCUGAACAUCUGUACCCAGUCAUCGGGCAAAGGAGCCAGUUCCUUUGAUAUGGGGGCACCUCUGGUUGUCGGCAAUAAACUCGUGGGCAUCCUGUCCAGGGCAGGCUGCUCCGUGAAGCCCGAUGUCUAUUCGAAUGUCCUUAAGCACACGAAUUGGCUGGAUAGCAAUACCAAAUAGUAAUGCACUUGUCAUGAAACCAAAUCAUAUUCA